AUAAUAUAAAAUGAAGUUGCACAAACAAUUUCCUCACAUUGCGACAUUUAAAUCGGGUGGAAUAGAAAUGUUAUUGGUAAAACUUACAGGGCUAGUUGUCCUAAUAACUAGCGCCUAUGCAAGAACGUCCUCCCAAACUCGAUAUAUUCCUUCUGGAGAGGUGUUCAGAGGUCCGUGUAUCGGAGGAUAUAAAACGUACAGUAGGAAGGACUGUGCGGAUACCUAUGAAAAACUUAACAAACAAAACGCUUACAAAGGAUUGAGCAUACAGCAGUAUGUAUGGCAGUGUGAUCAAAUGUACAGAUGGUCGUCUAACGCAGCGAACAAGACAGGUGGAGGGUCAGGUUUCACAAGCAGCCAGUCGAAUUGGUUAAAAGGACUUUUAAACCAUCUAGUUGAUGCGUUAAAAGGAUCCAAGCCAUCGAGGAAAUGUCAUGAGUUCCCAAUCGGUACACGGAAAGAAUAUCGCGUAGCAACAGCGUCUGAACGGAAAGAAUUCCACGCAGCUAUCAACCUGCUCAAGACGGACAUGCUUCCGGGACCGCUUGGUACUACCAACAAAUACGACACAUUAGUGUCAUUUCACCAUGCAUCU